CCCCACGUCCCCUCACGCCCUUCCCUCCCUUCUGACAGAGCCCGGGGUCGCCGGAGUUCGCUCGUCCCCGGCCCCGGCGGCUCCCGGGCCGCCCCCUGCCCGCCCCGGGGGUGUGUCCGGCCGGCCCCGCUGUGGGCGCGGUUCCGCCUCGGCUCUGGCCGGGUGUUGGCCAUGGCCCCGGGGAAGGCCCCGUGCCGGCGGCGCAGCAGCGACUCGGGCGUGGAGCCGGACCGCGGGGCUCUGCCCCGGGACAGGGACCAGCGCACCGCCCUCUCCCAGAAGAAGAAGGACCAGCGCAUCGCGCUCUUCCUCAGCGACUUCGAUCAGCAGGCCAAGGAGCACAUCCAGGAGAUGAAGAAAGAGCUCGAUUCGCUUUUGCAGACAGCGGAGAAGGCGUUUGCGGUGGAGCUGCUGACGAUGCCGGCUGCUGUGAGGAAGAUGAAAAGGAAAGAGGUGCUCGAUUUGCAAGGGCGGGAGGAAGUGGCUCUUGCUGCUGCAGUGACUGACUGCUCUCUAGAAGCUAUGCCAAAUCCCAAACUGGUGAGGACCAACAGCAAAAAAGUUAAGGUAACUACAAUUGUUGAAUAUGAAGAUUCCAAGCAUAGUUCUGCAAAGAAAAUAACUAAAAAAAUUUCCAAAACCAGGUCACUGGUUUCAUUGGCCUCUGGUUUAAGUGGCAAACUGAACUCUCCUUCUAGUGCCACAAAUCUCAAAGCCACUCCAAAGGGAGCUACAAGUGCUGGAUUACAACAGACUGUCUCAAGAACUUUACCUGCCAGUGGAAGAGUUCAAGGCAUGUUAAAAAGAAGUAAAUCAGUACCCCAACAUAAAACUGUUCCAUUUGUAAACAUUCCCCUGGCUGAUGGACAGACACUCUGUACAGCUGGUGGAGACCUCCGUAAUAUCGAUGUGCAACUCCUAAAUCAGGACACAGUACAGCACAUUCAUAACUUGGUGAGUGAGCUGACUGUACUGUGUGGAAAGGCAACACCUAUACCAAGUUAAUAGAACUGUCUUGUGACUACAGAACAUUCGUGACAGCUCUUGCCUGCUGCCUCCAAAGUGUUUAAAUUAUGUCUAUUAUUUCUUAAUAAAGUGCUAUACUGCCCAGUAAAUAUUUUUAUAAGCUUUUA